AUGCAAGGCCACGGAAGGUGCUUCAAACUCUUUCUUGCAUUUUCUCUGCUUUUGCUACAAUACGCCCAAGGAGGAGAGGUGGACCACAGUCAGAGGGAUACUAACGUGACCGGGAGGUGCAUAGAGAAGGAAAGGCAAGCACUCCUUGCAUUCAAACGUGGCCUGGUGGAUGAGUCCGAUUUCCUCUCUUCAUGGGGUUCAGAAGCACAAAAACAAGAUUGUUGCAGAUGGGUGGGAGUCUCUUGCAGCAACCAAACUGGCCAUGUUCUUCAUCUUGAUCUUUCAUACGCAGUUGGAGGCGAAAUUUACAAAUUUCAAGGUAAGAUGAUUAGUCCUAAACUGAUUGAGUUGCACCAUUUACAACAUUUGGCCCUUUCUUCGAUUGAUUUCGAUGGGAGCCAAUUUCCAUAUUUCAUUGGUUCUCUAACCAAUUUAAGAUACCUUGAUCUGUCUUGGACUAAUUUUGGGAGCCAGUUUCCAAGUCAGGUCGGAAAUCUUACGAACUUGGUGCAUCUGGACUUAAGGGGUAAUUGGUUUACAAGUCAGGUAGAAAAUCUCAACUGGCUUCCUCUUCUUUCGUCGUUAAGAUAUUUGGACUUGAGUUUUGCGAAUCUCAGCAAUGUUUUCGAUUGGCCGGAAACCGUUAAUAAGCUUCCUGAACUAACAAACUUGACACUAGAUGGAUGUGAUCUUCCUCCACCAAUUCUUUCCACUCUUUCUUACAUAAACUCUUCUAAAUCUCUUGCUAGCGUUGACCUUUCUUCCAACCGUUUGAAUACGUCUUCAAUAUUCGUAUGGUUGUCCAACUAUAAUACCAGCCUUGUUCAUCUUGACCUCUCUUUUAACCAAUUAGCUGGUUCAAUUCCUGAUGUUUUUGGAAACAUGAGCUCUCUGGCACAUCUUGAUCUAUAUUCUAACCAACUUGAAGGAGGGGACCCGCAUUCUUUUGCCAGGUUAUGUAGUUUGCAAUAUUUGGAUCUCUCAAGCAAUACUCUGAGUGGACAACUUUCUAAGUUCGGUCAAAUAUUAUUUUCUACAUGUGCUCAAAACUCAUUGGAGGAGUUGUAUCUCUCUGAGAAUGAUCUUGCAGGGUCAUUACCUGAAAGUAUAGGGCUAAUGUCGAAGCUCCAAACUAUUGAUUUUAGCAUGAAUUCUUUGGAAGGAGUGAUUUCAGAAACUCAUUUCUCAGAACUCUCCAAAUUACAGAGUUUGGAUUUAUCUUCUAACUCGCUAGUUUUAGACAUCCAUGCUGAUUGGAUUCCUCCUUUCCAAUUGGACUUCAUAAAUUUGGGGUCUUGCAAGAUGGGUCCGGAUUUCCCAAAGUGGCUUCAAACUCAAAAAAAAAUCAAUUACCUUGAUAUUUCUGAUGCUGGAAUUUCCGACAACCUUCCAAGUUGGUUUUGGAGUUUAUGUCGUAAUGUGGAAUUUAUGAAUCUCACAAGCAACCAAAUUAGAGGUACAUUUGCAAAUUUGACAUUGGAAUUUUCAUAUUUCCCUGAACUAUAUCUGAGUUCGAACAAGUUGGAAGGUCCAAUCCCCUCAUUUCUAUCAAAAGCCUCAUUUCUAGAUCUGAGUUCAAACAAGUUGGAAGGUCCAAUCCCCUCAGUUCUAUCAAAAGUCUCAUAUCUGGAUCUGAGUUCAAACAAGUUGGAAGGUCCAAUCCCCUCAGUUCUAUCAAACGCCUCAUAUCUGGAUCUCUCUUAUAAUAAACUUUCAGGGUCAAUUUCGUUCUUGUGUUCAAGUGCAGCUAUUGGUUUAAGCUUUCUUGAUCUCUCAAACAACAAUGUUUCUGGACAAGUUCCAAAUUGCUUGACACACUUGGAGAAUCUAGUCAUUCUUGAUUUGAGUUACAAUGCUUUGUCCGGGAAAAUUCCUACAACAAUAGGCUCUGUAUUUCGGAUUGAAACACUCAAAUUAAGAAGCAAUAGAUUUGUGGGACAAUUGCCUUCGUCGUUGAAGAAUUGCACAAGUUUAGUAGUAAUUGAUGUUGGGGAUAAUAAAUUAUCCGGACCAAUACCUGAAUGGUUAGGGGUUAGCUUAAAGAAAUUGGUUAUCCUGAUGCUUUUGUCUAAUCACUUAAAUGGAAGCCUGCCCUCACAAUUAUGCCAUCUAACACACAUUCAAAUUUUAGAUUUCUCCAUGAACAUCAUCUCUGGAAGUAUACCCAAAUGCCUCACCAAUUUGAUUGCUCUGGCUCAGAAAGAAGAUUCAAAUUUCAACAUCUCACAUUCUUAUGAAAUUUCUAUUGGUCAACGCGAAUUUAGAAAUGGUGACUAUGAGGAUGAUGCAACAUUCAUAUGGAAAGGAGGAAUGCAAACAUACAAAAGAACUUUGGGGCUCAUGAAGAGAAUUGAUCUGUCAAGCAAUAAAUUAACAGGGGAGAUACCAAGUGAAAUCACUCAUCUUGUUGGGUUGGUUUCUUUAAACCUAUCAAGAAACCAAUUAACAGGUCAAAUAACUCAAGAGAUCGGAAACUUGCAGUUAUUGGAUUCUCUUGAUUUGUCAAGAAACCAUAUAGACGGAAGAAUUCCAACAAGCCUUGCAUGGAUAGAUCGUCUUGGUGUCUUGGACUUGUCAUAUAACAACUUGUCUGGCAAAAUUCCAGUCGGGACUCAGCUCCAAGGCUUUGAUCCCUCUGUUUAUGCUGGGAAUCUUCAACUUUGUGGGCCUCCACUUAAAAAGAUGUGUGCUGAUGAAGUGGAAAGAGGUCCAAGUGAGCAAACUGACUUCAUCAACCAAGAGGACAAGGAUGGGCUAAUAACACUAGGAUUCUACAUUAGUAUGGGGCUUGGAUUUGCUGUUGGAUUUUGGGGAGUUUGUGGCACCUUGAUAUUUUCAAAGUCAUGGAGAUACGCAUACUUGAAGUUCUUGAAUGGUUUAAAUGAUUGGCUUUUUGUGAGGAUAGCUUUGUUGAAGCGGCAAUUGAAGGAUGCUUAA